UGCUAAAUAUACAGUAAUAAAGAAGGAAGAAGUGGUACAAUAGGGAAAUGUAUGAGUCAUACUUCUAAGUAUGGAAAAAAGCAGAGUAUAUAAACUAUGAACGUAGUGCUCGGACUCAGUAUCAACUGCUGGGCUACACUGCAGAGAGAAUCAACUUUUAUUUUGUCUACAACAAUCAAUACUUUCUUUUUCUUUUUUGUUAAAUGCCAGUCAAAUUCUUCAGCUCAGGGAACUGUAAGUAUAAAUUACAGUUAAAUUAAAUUUGGAAAUAGUGAAUAAUUUUCUUAUUUUUUAUACAACUUCAAUUUUUAAUUUGUGCUAAUUUUAGUUUGUAAAUGCUUUAUACUGUAGACAAAUAUGCUUCUCCCACUAAUUAGUAACUGCUUCCAGGAGUAUGAUGAAGAUUGUGGCUGCAUUAGCUCACACUCGCACCCUCUAACAGCUGAAUUAUGGUGUUUAAUUGUACAACACUGCAUGGCCACCUGGAGAGGUACUAUCUUUCUUCAGCGUAUGCUAUAGAAUCUUGCAUUGGUGUCCCUGGUAACCUAUUGGCUCUACUGGCUUAUAUAUUUUGCUUGUCAGAGUGGCAAAGCUGCAACAUUUACCUCUUCAACCUAGCAGUCUCCAACCUAGUUUUCCUCUGCACGCUGCCACGCCUCUCGUAUCUUUAUGCCAAUAAUCAAACAGAAACCCAGCCUUUUGCUUGUGUUUUCAACCGCUAUGUCCUGCAUGUCAACCUGUAUUCGUCCAUACUCUUCAUGGUUUGGGUUAGCAUGGACCGCUUCCUGCUUGUAAAGUAUCCAUCACGGAACCACUACCUGCUGAGGGUGCGAACAGCUCUGAUAUUGACUGGACUGAGCUGGAUAGCAGUCAAUGUGGAAGUUGCUCCCAUGGUAGUGCUCAUGGUUCAGGACCUGCAGAGCAGAAACUGGAGUCUUUGCAAGGAUUUUGCCAGCCUAAAUGGAGAUAUGAAUUUACUAGGUUACAGCCUUGGUCUAACCUUGACUGGAUACAUUGUCCCUUUGUUGGCACUUUGUGGCUUCUCCUACCAAAUUGCUCAUCUGCUCCACACCCAGGAAAAGGCUUUACAACACCAAACAACAUACAAACGACCUCUCAGGAUUGUUGCCGCAACUACAGCUAUGUUCCUCAUUCUAUAUACUCCCUACCAUGUGAUGAGAAACAUCAGAAUAGCAUUUAGGCAAUUGUGGGCACCAAAUACAGAAUUGUGUACAAAGACAUAUUUAGAGGUUGUCUACAUCCUAACCAGACCGAUAGCCUUCUUUCAAAGCGUCAUCAACCCUGUUUUCUACUUCUUCAUGGGCGACAAGUUCAGAGAGCUCUUACUCACUAAAAUUAGAAAACUGAUGCGUAGAACCGUCUAGCAAUAAGAACCAACCUAAAUGAAAAAACUUGAAACGCGAUUUUAUCGUUGUUUUCAUUAUUAUUAUUUCACUGGUGUUUACGAUUUUGAAUGUCCAGCUGCUGUUAGUGCCUGUAUUGUGUAAUAUCACCUAUACCUAUUACCUACAUGGCAUCAAUGUGCUUAUCAGAAUACAGUAUAUACAGUACAGCUCUUAGGUUGCUAGAGCACCUGUGAAUUGUAAACAAUUUUGGAAGUUUGCAAAAUUGAGGAGUUUUUCAUGAACAAUUUAGUUAGAAUCUACAGUAAGGAAUAAAUUGGAGAUGACAAAGGCAUAGUUAGAUAUAGAUACUUCUUUUAUAUUUUGCCUUUUUACUGUAAAUAAACUAUUUGUGAAUUCAUGUGAACGCGGAGUUGCCUACUGAUUUUGUAUCUAUGUUUUAUAUUUCAGUGAAUCAUUGCUGCUUUUCAUUCCUCAGCAGUUUUUUGUUCAGUUAAUGAGUAGAAUUAGGAUUUUAAUUUCAGGACAGAAACUUUAAACUAAGAAAUUGUCUUUUAAAUAUACUGUAUGCACAACCCAACUACCGUAGUUGCGACAUACUGUCACUUC